AUGGGCCUCCAAUUUUUUGUCCGUGUCCUCGCAACCGCCUUUCUGGCUAUCCCCUCCGUUCAAGCUUCGCCAUACUUCAGCUCUCUCAACGCCAGAGAUUUGUUUGUUCCCUCUACGACAUGCGAUAAUUUUGUCGUUGGUGCAACAGGCACAGUGCUUGGCCAAGUAUGCAUCAGUGUUCUUGAUGGCAUUCUAACUGUCAAAUACCCGCCUAUUUUGCCUUCCACCUACACUGAGGUUCAUGUCUACGUGGGCACAACGGCACCUACUAACCGUGCGCCCGGCUCAUUUCCAUAUUCGUCGGCCCCUGGCGGUGCUUGCAGUCUCGCUGCCGAUAAUUCCACAGCUACCUGUACAAUUCCUGUCCAACCUUCAUGGCGUGUGUGUGGCCAGACGCUCUACAUUGCUACACACGCUGCUAUAGCCUCCCCAGGUACAACCGGACAAACUGCGUGGGGAGCAGGAACAUGCUUCGGCGGCACAGGGGGAAAUUGUGCAAAGUACUGGACGUUCCAGACGCAAUGCUUCUGCAGGUCAACAUCUAUCGUCCCGCCAGUCACUUAUACUUCAACCUCUGUUACUACAAUUACAUCUACUUCUACCACAGAGUAUCUGACCUCUACCACGUCGGUAACCACAUACACAGUCACUUCCAGCAGCGUAGUUCAAUUCUCAACCACCUCAUAUGACACCAUAACAUCGACGUCUUCAAGCAUCCUAUUCUCUACCUCUACCCCUGAGCCAAUUACCACUACUGUAUCGUGCCUUAACCCUUCAGCCUAG